CACUGGCUCAGCUAACCAUCUUCCCAAUUUAACUACUCCUUUGAUUAACAAUUUUCUUCUCAUCAGUCAUUCUUGAUUUCUAUUUUGGUUCUUUUUUGAGAUCCCCAUGGACUACAUUGGGUUAAACUCAGAAUCCCCAUAUGUUCUUCUUCUUAAAGCUGUUUUCUUGAUACCCAUUUCUCAUUAUUUGUUGGGAUUUCUAUUUUUACUCUUUGUAUUUCUUUAUAAUUUCGUGGAGUUUUACUUCAUUCAAGAAUUAUUCACUGGAUUUAGGGGAAAGCCUGUGUCUUUGACCUUUAAUUCUUGCUGUGACCUGUAUGAAGAGGUUGUUUCCAAGUGUAAAAUUCUGCAUGGCAGGUUUUCUUCUACUCCAUGGCUUUGUAGUCCCCAUCUUCAGACUGUUUUUCUGCAGUUCUUUGGAAGGGCGCCUGUUUUCAAUUAUCAAAGACAGAUAUUUAAAACAUCUGAUGGUGGGACAAUAGCUCUGGAUUGGCUACGGAAUGUGGAUGUUAAAAAAUCAUCCAUCGAAGGUUUUGAUGGAGUUCAGGGUGAUGAUAAAACUCCCAUCAUUUUGGUGAUUCCUGGUUUAACGAGUGAUUCUGAAUCUGCUUACAUAAAGCAUCUUGCUUUCAAGAUGGCUAAAUCUGGAUGGAAUGUCGUUGUGAGCAAUCAUCGGGGUCUCGGAGGAGUGUCAAUAACUUCUGAUUGCCUCUAUCAUGCUGGAUGGACGGAGGACGUCCGCGAAGUCAUUGACCACCUCCACAGCCAAUACCAUCAAGCUCCUUUAUUUGCUGUUGGCACCAGCAUUGGUGCUAAUGUUCUGGUAAAAUAUCUUGGUGAGGAAGGAGUUAAUACUGCGAUUGUUGGGGCAGUUGCAAUCUGUUCUCCUUGGGAUCUUUUGAUUGGUGACAGGUUUAUUAAGCGCAGGCUUGUGCAGAGAUCCUAUGACAGAGCUUUAGGAAUCGGAUUAAAAGAUUAUGUCGAGCUGCAUCGGACUAUUUUGCCUCGUCUAACAGAUUGGGAAUCCAUUGCUAAGAUACGUUGUAUCAGAGAUUAUGACAAACAUGUUGCUUGUGUUCUUGCCAAUUUUGAGACUGUUGAUACGUAUUACAGGAAAGUUAGCUGUAGCAGUUAUGUAGGAAAUGUGAUGGUUCCCCUCCUCUGCAUUAAUGCCUUGGAUGAUCCAGUCUGUUCAAGGGAGACAAUUCCAUGGGAUGAAUGUCGGGCAAACAAAAAUAUCGUACUAGCUACCACACAGCAUGGGGGACACUUGGGACAUCUUGAAGGGAUGACUGCAAAAAGCCUCUGGUGGGUUAGGGCCGUUGAUGAAUUCUUUUCUGCUUUUAACUCCAGCUCAUUGAUCCAUAGAAAAAAGAUACAAAAUGCCACAGUGGACAGUCCCCUGAAAUCAUCCAUUGAUCAGGCACCAUAUGUGAAUAUUAGAGAAGACGGUUUAGUGACUGCGUUUAGUAGUGAGCCAUCAGGUGAAGUAGGAAGUCAGCAGAAUGAGCAACUUGUCGAAGAUGACAAGGCUGGAGGUAGUAUUAGAGUUGACAAUAGCACGGUGCAAAAAGAACCAAAUGCAACGACUCAAUCUGAUCCUGUUCCUGGCCCAUAUAUUAAUGCAAUGAUCGCUCCUAUUAAAAAUUGUCUAAAUCAGCUCUCUCGCCGUAAUAAGAUUUCAAUAUGGGUACUUGCAUGUGUUGCAAUCACAACCACAUGGCCAAUUCUGGGUUCAGCUUUACCACUGUUUUUCAGGAAAAAGCUGCGCAGCAUUUUCUCCGCAUCCUCAGUGAAAAGAUGAUGAUGUAAUGCAUGUGGUCAUUAUUAUUGUAGAUACAUUCAUCAUACAAUGCUGGGGAAGGGGGUACAGCUGAGCUCCAAAGUCGGCUAUCGGAAUUUUAGAUAUCUCAUCUAUUGUAAAAGUAGAUUUGUUAAGGCUGUACUAUUUCUUAUUAGAACUUAAAAUGAUCAUUCGUAAUGAAUAAGACUAGUUAUUGUGGCUGCUUCUUACUAUGCUAGUUUUGGUAUAGAAGCUUUAACCAAUUCUGGUGUU